UAUAAAACCUGUGAUCAGGCAGAGAAUUCAUUCAGUGUUAUACUAUUCCAACACAAGCACGCUUCUUAGAAAAGUCCGGCAUAUCAAAUCAACGCGCAGAAAUGAAGGCAGCUAUUACCACAAUCAUUUUGGUGUUGGCACUCUCUGCAAUCUCAUCAACAGAGGCACGACCUGAUCGGGAUGGUCUUUGGAACGUCGUUUUUCGCCAAUCGAGGAACGAUCAAUGUGGACCAGCACAUGGAGAAUGUAAAUCCGGCUUAUGCUGCUCUCUGUACAACGAAUGUGGAAACUCGGUUGCGCAUUGUAACGUCUCGCUCGGUUGCAAAAACAAGUGGGGCGUUUGCCAUUAGGAAAUGACGCUGGGAUUUGAAGAACAAAAUAAUGCUUGUUACAAUCGACUAACGUAUUGCACCUAAUGAAGGCGUGUCCAGACUCAUUUUAAUUUACAUGUUCACCUGAUAUACCUGUAGUAAGAAUAUUUGUACCUGAAGCUACUGAGGUACGUCAAAUUCUUUAUUUACUGAUAGAGAAGCAUGUAUGUCAAGCCGGUAUUGUAUCUAGACAUGCGCAAAGAAUUUAUAAUAAAAUACGUUAUUUGUGGAGAAAAAA